ACUGGCUUAUCUCCUCUCCCUUCCCAGAGAACUUUGGCUGUUAAUUAUUUAUCAACAUACCCUUGCCUAACAUUUUCUCUUCUUGAUUUAGAUGCCAAGAAACUGAGAAAUGGUCAUGAAUUAGCUCUUACACCUCAGAAUAGUUGUAAUGUGUGGCACAUGAAUAUAGAAGUCCUUCCAGAAUGGAUGAAUUACAUUCUAGAAAAGGCACUAUAGACAAUCGGAAAACUGAAUCACCCUUUUUGUGGGGCCCGUUUGGGAGGCUUUAACUUCAGCAGCAGCCCAAAAUGUUCCUGUGGUUAAUUUGUAGCUGUACAUCUUUGCAAGAGCAGGACAGCUUACCAGCCUAUUGUAAUCAGACUAAUGAGACCAUCAUUAAAACACUUAUCACUUCAUAGAAUUCAGUCAGGGUUCGACAAAGAGAACACAUUUAAAAGUACAGGUGUUGCCUGGGAGAACAGAACAAGGUUUUUAAAUAUGGCCCAAAAUAAUGUUCCUGGAAGAUUAACUGAAGCUCUUUGCCUGGAGGUACGAUCAACCAGUUUUGAGACAAGGACUGAAAAACUGCACUUCAAAGCAUCUAAUCCAAAAUACUGUCUUUUUGUUCCCCAGUCUGUGAAUGACAGAUGCAGUAUAAGAGCUUUUCAUAGAAAAUCACAUAGUUUGGAUCUGAACAUCAGAGAGAAACUUGCCUUAUUGCCUACUUUAUAUGAAACACAUGGUAAGAUUCCUGCCUGCCACAGACUAAAUGAAACACAGCCUUUUGACCCUCAUGGCUUGUAUGUAGGUUCUAGUAAAAAUAGUCAUUCCUCUCCAGAUUCAUCCAGUUUUGAUGGUAAUGGGCUACUGCAAAGAUUUACAGUGCCUUCCUGUAAUACUCUAAGACAAAGAGAAGAAGAAUUUCAAUGUGGUUUAGAGGCUUCCAUUGUACAUUCUCACCAUAAUACUAUUGAUGAAUUGCCUUUCCGGAUGGACUUCCCUGUAGCUGUUAGUGGUGUGGAUGAACCUGGUGAAGAGGAGGAAGGCAUUUCAUCUAUUGGUUUCUUACAAUCUUCUGGUUUCUCCUUGGGUGCCAUUAACCAAAGGCUAAGCAAAAGAGAGAGAAACAAAUUAAAAAAUCUGAGAAGGAAGCAAAGAAGACAUCAAAGAUGGCUCCAGAAACAGACUUUGAAUAAUGAUGUGAGUACAGAUGAUGACAAUGAAUGUACAGAAGAAAAGGAAAGCUAUAUCUGUGCCGUGUGUCUGGAUGUUUAUUUCAACCCAUAUAUGUGCUACCCUUGCCACCACAUCUUCUGUGAACCUUGCCUCCGGACCCUGGCCAAAGACAACCCAACGAGCACACCCUGUCCAUUGUGUCGGACAAUCAUUUCUAGAGUCUUUUUCCAGACAGAUCUGAACAAUGCUACAAAAACAUACUUUACUAAGGAAUACUUGAAAAUAAAGCAAAGCUUUCAGAAAUCCAAUUCAGCAAAAUGGCCCCUUCCAAAUUGUAGAAAAGCAUUCCAUCUCUUUGGAGGUUUCCGUAGACGUGCAGAUCCAGUUACAAGGAGACAAUUUCCACAUGGUGCUCAUAGAAUGGAUUAUAUGCACUUUGAGGAUGACAGCCGUGCAUGGUGGUUUGACAUGGACAUGGUUAUCAUCUAUAUCUAUUCAGUAAACUGGGUCAUUGGAUUCAUUGUUUUCUGCUUUCUUUGCUAUUUUUUCUUUCCGUUUUAGGAAUUUUCACAUCUUAAUAAAGUUGAACAAUUAUAUAAAGCCUUGAUUAUGUAAAUACCAGUGACUUAAAGAAAAUAAGUCUUUUUAAAGUUUUCUGAAGUUUUUAUAUGUUACAGUAUAUUGAAUUAUUUGGUCUGUACAAAGCCUGGGAUUGAUAAACUACUUAUUGAUGUUUCUUAUGUCGAUAGCAGUAAGCUAUUUGAACUUAACUCAAAAUCAAGCCUAUUAGUAUAUAGCACAGCACAGUCAAUCCCAUAAUAGCUUUUAAUAUAUUUUGUUUGUAUUUUUGCAAUUAUCACCUUUCUUUCCAUAUUUUUCCUAUUUGAAAAGAUGCUUCCUCCUUUUGAAAAAAUUAAGUUUGGUACUGAAGCAUUGAUCUAGAUAGAGAAUAUUCUGUAUCAUUUUAACACAUAUACACACCAGUCAAUUUCUGAUUAUUUUUAGGCACACUAUCUUCCUUGAAAAGAAAUCACAUUUCUCAGAAACUAAGUCAGAAAUUAAGGAAGAAUGAAUUAUUUUGAACUUGAAGUUAUUCCUUCUCAUUCAUAUGGAUAACUGGAAGCUGGCAGUACCAUAAUAGGUUGUUUAAUAUGUCAUUUCAAGCACCAAAGAAGGAUAAAAGCAAGGAAUAUUGAAAUUAUUGCCUGCCAAUAAGAAGGAAAUAAAUGCCUCUUUUUAGGAAAAAACUCUUUAGGAGUUUUAGGAAACUCCUAGGUACAACUUUGUGACCUUAAGAAAUAAUUUGCUAAGUGAGCUUCAGUAUCCUAAUGGAGGAACACAUGGCCCCAGUUGACUAGCUUUACUGAGAUAAGUAAAACAUGUAAAACAUGUUAUUCACUGAUAGACUUCUUAGGACAAGGACUUGUUUAAAACAACAAAUAUUGAUUUUCCUUAUAUAAAUUAUGACAUUUCUCUCUAUACAUUAUUAUUAAUUCUGGAUAGAGUUUUAUGCCAACAUUGACAGCUUAGACAGUAUGAUUAUAAAUCCAUAUUCUCUAUUCUCAUAAAAAGAAAAAUUACAAUAACCCUUUUAUCAUCAACAUGUUGAUAUUGUUUGAAUGAAUAGAGUUUUAAUAAUCUUAGGGCUAUGAAAAUCAAUUUACCUUUAAUAGUCUUCUCUUGUGAAGGUUACUUCAUAUAAACUGUACUACUCAGUCCCAAAUUCUGAGAUUUUUCUUUUCAAAAAAGUAGCAUAAUAACCUGUAAUUUUUAACAGUUUCAAAAGCUUCAAAUGUUUUCUCAUUGCAGGCAGAUUUGAACCAGGUGUCUCUAUGAAGCUAAAAGACCUGAAUCACAAAGAAAGAAAGCUUGCACAUUUUAAGUCAUAAGAAUUGUGUUUGUGUGAAAUAGGACUCCUAGUUUAAAGCAUUUUUCCCUCCUAAGAUUUAUGUCUGAAAUAACCUAACAGGCUUAUUUCUGUUCUGGGUAGAUGGACCCAUUCAUAAGCUAGAAAUAAUAAUUAAUGACAGCACAGGAGCAUUGAAGAUGUUAAACCUGUGUUUUCAAUCUGCCUUAGCAAAAGAAAUGAGAAAAAAAGAAAGUUUAACAUAGUAUUUUAAAUGAAUACCACCCAUAUCUAGAUAGCCUUUAUUUUAUCAUUCUAUCCAGGCCCACCUAGCUUCAGUACAUUAUAAUAACUAUAUUUCAGCUCAACUACCUACCUAUUCAUCAACAUAGAUUGUAUGAAUAUUUGAUGUUUUUAAAAUAACAUAGAUUUAAUUUUUAAAUUAAUGUUUUAAUAUGUGUAGAUGAGGCAGCAUGUUAUAAUAAUUAGAUUGCUGGACAAAAAGGAAGCAAAACCUGUAUUCAGGUGCUGCCUCUGACAAGUUUGAUCAGCUCUGUCAAGGCACUAAACUCCUGUGUACCUUGGACAAUUUCCUAGGACGACUUAAGUAUAAAUUUUUAUUCUCAGUCUGUGGAGGAAUUUAUCCCAUUGGAUGUUCUCUACACUGAAAAAAAACAUCACAUGCUUCCUAUAUCAUAUAAUUUUGUAGAUAUGAACAAACAUUAUUAAUGUAUACUAAAUGAUUAAUUAUAUUACAUGGCACUUUCCCCCUAAUGAAUAUUUCACAUCUGUUAGCUCAUUUUCUCCUUGUACCAUCUGUAUAUAAUGCAGAAAUGAAAGAGGAAACCAAGGCAUGAAGAAAACUCUUUAGGACUUGUGUAAAGUCACACAUAGUAAGUCUGUAGUAAAACUGCUGACUAUUCAGACUACCUGACUUUCACCACAAUGUUCUUUCAGACCAUACUCAAUUAAAAGUAUUUUUUUUAAUUCUCAAUUUUAAUAUCUUCCAUGAAGUAGGGUUUUUCUUUCAUUCAUAGAAAUAAAAAAAAAGUUACUUAUGAAAAGCCCCCUGAAGAAUGCUGCUUGAUAGUUGUCUUUUAUUGGUGCUUAUCAACGUUUUGGAAAAUACUUUAAAAUAUUAGAUAUUUAAAAAAAAAUAAAUUGCAUUAAGUGAACUAAGUAGCAUGAUUUUAUUAAGAAUAAAUCAUGUUUUAGAAUAAAGUUGAUAUGCCUUGGGAACAAAUUUCUUACUACAAGUUAUUAUAGAACCCUAGGCAAUUCAGUAGAUAGAUGUCUUCCAGCCUUGGUUUCCUCACCUAUAAAAUGAGAGUGGCAAAUUGCAAAAAUUUCUGUUCUGUAAUGCACUUUGAGUCUAACAAUUUGUGUAAAUAAAUUAUUAGAACUUA